GGAAUUUUUACAUCUUGAGUUGUCAACGUCGUUGUUUGAGAGGAUAAUAAAUAUAUCUUUAUUAAUAAUAUAUUUGUAUUCUUCUUUUCGGAAAAGUAUCAACUCAGCGGAUAACAUUUGUCUUUCCCAUCCAUCGCUCGUGUGGGAUUUCAUUACCUCCAAUUUGUCAAUAUCGAAUAUUCGUCUGAUAUAUAUAUUGCAUUGUCCACUUAUCAUAUCAAUCUACAACUACGGCUACAACUCCAACUCCAAUUACAAAAUCUUACUCAUACUAUCGCCAUUCAUCCAAUCUCUUCCAUAAUAUCUCAACUCCCAUCCCAUUGCACCAUCCAUCAUGGCAGCGAAAUACCUCUCCGCCGCCAACGCAGCAGCUCUAGAUAAAGAUCUCAUGUCCCUCGGGGCCUUUUCUCUCGAUCAACUAAUGGAGUUAGCGGGAUUGAGUGUUUCGCAAGUGGUAUACAAAGUUCAUCCUCCAUCCAAAGGCAGAAGAAUACUCGUCGCAUGCGGACCCGGAAACAACGGAGGCGAUGGUCUAGUCGCAGCUCGUCACCUCUGGCACUACGGCUACAAACCCACAAUCUACUAUCCCAAACAAGGAAAAAACGAACUCUAUCAACGUCUCUCGACCCAACUCCGUAAUCUCUCAAUCCCGUUUACCGAGGAUUUCUCCGAGGCUCUGAAAGAAUCUGAUCACAUCGUCGAUGCUAUAUUCGGCUUCUCCUUCUCCGGCAGCAUCCGCGACCCCUUCCCCUCCAUAAUCCACGCUCUAGAAACCACUUCCCUCCCCAUAACAUCCAUCGACGCGCCCUCAUCCUGGGACAUCGCCCAUGGUCCUCCGUCUUCCGGCCCCGGAGCAAACUUCAUGCCUCAGUAUCUGAUUAGUUUAACUGCGCCAAAGCCUUUGGUGAGGUUCUUCAAGGGAAGACAUUUUUUGGGUGGGAGAUUUGUAACUCCAGAAAUUUCUGAAAAAUACAAUCUUCAACUCCCAGAGUACGAAGGGGUAGAUCAAAUUGUUGAGAUGCCUGUUCCGGAAGAGGAAAAGUUAUGAUGAAUUAGAUAUUGAAAUAUGAAUGCACAAUUGGGAGUAUCAGUAGCAGAAACUAUGACUUUGAUA